AUGUGCCACCAUUCCCAUGAGCUCUCGACACGGCUGCCCUUGGUCGUUAUCAGCACACUGCCCCUCCAUAUCAGCAACCGUCUCGAAGACAUAUUAAUUGAUGACUUUUUCCAGAUGGAUCCUAUAUUGAACGGGUCAUAUGUACAUUACGGUAUGGGAUUGCCCACCUCAGCAUACGCAGCUGCCGCAGGACUCUCCUCACAAAAUUAUAACGGCAAUUCGUCCGAACACUCUGCUGACCCGUCGUCGUCGAGUUCGCCGGGCGCCCAACCAAAUAUGAACUUGUUGCUCACCAUUCGACUGCUCAUGCAAGGGAAGGAGGUUGGAAGUAUAAUCGGAAAACGGGGCGAUCAAAUCAAAAGGAUUCGAGAAGAUUCCGGCGCAAAAAUCAAUAUAUCGGAUGGAUCGUGCCCGGAACGGAUAGUAACGAUCACCGGCAGUUUGACGACAAUCAAUAAAGCCUUCGCAAUGAUCUCUAAUAAAUUUGAAGAGGUGAGCAUCUAA